ACAGAUUAUCACGAAUAUCUUUAAACGUGCAGAUAAUCUAAAAAAUAAUAUUUACAAAUUAGUAAUUACCACAGAGUAUAGAGUACAGGCACAGACACGGAUAAAAAAUAUGUAUCUGUCAUCUGUGCAAUUACCAAAUAACAGAUGAAAUAAUGGAUCAGCAUAGAUUUGUUCAUCAAUUCUAUCUAUCUGACUUAACAGUUUGGAAACUUGUUUAUAAUAUUUGGCUAUAUGCUAAUAAAAGACGUUCAAAUUGCAACUAUCGAAUAUCAAACAGUUAAUAAUUACCUAAUAAAUAUUGUUUAUUUAUAACAAUAAUAUUAUACUGUUAUAAUUUUACUGUACAUUAAUUAUUGGCGGAGGAUCGAUCAUAUUAAUAUCAUAAUGUAUGUGGAAAUGAUUUCAGAUCUACUUGAUUUGUUCAAUAAACUAUUAAACUUCAUGACUGAAGUUGGAGUUUUAGAUUCUUUUACAUUUGUGCAUUCUGCUAUAAAUCUCAACUCACAGCAUGAACAGUUCCUUAAAAGAAUCCAAUCAUCAAUUGAUGAAUUGAAGAAAUGGUUACAAAAUGUAUGUACCGAAUGGAAAGCAGAAGAUUUAGCAUCUCUUGGCAAUGUAAUAGAGCCACCAAUGACACCUAAUAAUAUAGAUCUCAACAUGAAUGGCACUGAUUAUAUCACUCCACUUAUUAAAGAAAAAAUAGAUUCUGUACUAGGUUUUAGAAACCCAGUUAGUCCAAUCUUAUGGAGUGUUGGAUUAAGACCCAUACAAGAUAGUAAUUCUAAAGACGGAUUUGAAAUAGAUGAUGAUCAAAGGCUGCAAACAGAUUUUGUUGCUCCAUCUUUUGGAGAUUACGGAAGCCCCUCAUCAGAACCUUGGAAUGUUUUUCAAGAAUCUAAUUAUGAUCUGGAUCACACAAACAUGGAUGAAAAAGGUCCUCAAACACCAAAUAUAAAAUUAUAUAGAAAGGAAGAGGAACCAGAUAUUGAUAUUAUACAAGAUAUGAGUUCAAAUUCAUCAUGUUUUCCCAAUGAGAUUGAGCAAAUUGAAAAUGUAUUUCCAUGCCAAAAAUGUAAACACCAACUUGGGUCCUUUGAAGAGUUAGAAGAACAUUUAAAAACACAUCAAUUCAAAUCGAAAUUCACAAACAUGCAUUUAACCUGUGCAUACUGUAAUAAAACAUUCUAUCAAAAAAGUAAUUUACGUCUACAUAUGUUGAUCCAUGAAAACAUCAAACCUUAUUCAUGUUCGUACUGUGAUCGACAAUUUACCCAGAAAGCGACAAGAGAUAUACACUUAACUAAACAUACUGGGGACUAUUUAUAUUUGUGUUAUGUUUGCAAUAAGAAAUAUGCUACUAAAGGAAAAUUAGACUUCCAUAUGAAAACUCAUCAAGAAGCACAAUAUGAAUGUACACUGUGCAGUAAAAGAUUUUCUACUCAGCAAUAUUUAAAUUAUCAUAUGAAAGUACAUCCUGAUCAGAAUACAAGUGGAUUCAGUUGUGAUGUAUGUCAAACAGAGUUUAAGAAACAAAGAUCUUUACUUGCACAUAGAAAACAAGAGCAUCCAUUUUGUAUGUUUAAAUGUCCAACUUUUGAAUGUGAUAAGGAAUUUUCUACUAUCCAAUUGUUAAAUAGGCAUAUUAAACGAUUACAUGAAGCUAAAGAAAGAAGUGUGAUUUGUUCAGAAUGUGGAAAAUCAUUUGAUUUUCCUAAUUACUUGCAAAAACACAUUGUUCGAGUUCAUGGGCCUAAACGUUUACCAAAAUUUAAAUGCCGACAGUGUCCAUUGCGUUUUGAUAAUGAUGUAAUGUUACAUGCACACAUGCAAUCACAUCCAAAGAAUAAUAAAAAAAAAGAAAUCAAACGUGUGAGUUGUCCUCGAGAUUCUUGUAAUUUAUCAUUUUACAACCGCGUUAGUCUCCGAUAUCACAUUGCAGAAAAACAUGAUAAUAUUUAUCGGUAUGAAUGUGAAAUAUGUCAAAAAAAAUUUGUUCGUAAGAAUCAUUAUGAAUUACAUAAGGCUAUUCACUUGAAACCAAAUUUUACUUGCAAUAUGUGUUUUAAACGAUUUCGUAAGAAAAAUCGCUUAGCUGCUCAUUGGAAAAGGACCCAUCAACAAGAGACAUUUGAUUUUGGAAUGCUUUUUAGUGUAGAUACAGUUCACAGAUUAAAUCUAUAAUAUUAUGAUUUGUUAAAUAAAUUAUUGGUCAGCUAUAGUUAAAAGUUGACUAAUUUUAUAAUAAAAUGCAGUGUAAACUGAUCAGAAAAUUUCUGAGGGAAAAAAUGUAGAAUCUUUCCCAUUUAAAGUUUCUAGUAUUUAUCCGUACUCGAACCUAGUAAUAAGAACAUGUUAUGGUGCUUUUAUAGUUAGCUAUUAAUAUGUAUAAAUCUUAUCUGAUUGUUUGUUAUUUAAUGUUUUCAUAAAUAUCACAUUAAAAAAAAUUAUAAAUGUACAAAAAUGUAUUUGAUUUAUUAUGAUUUAUGACUUAAGUAUUAAAUGUAGGAUAAUUAUGUAAUUAUGUUGUGUUGCUACAUAGGGAGGUACGUACCUAUAAAUAUGAUCAUUUUUAUAACCUAGCGUUGCCUAAGUGAUAAGGACGCAAAAACUAUUUACGUAAGUAUUUAAGUAUGUAAAUAGAGUACUUAGAUGGGUAAAUACUUGUAUCAGUUAUUAUUUUAUAAUUAGUAUAUGUUAGCGCAUUAUAAAAUAUAUAAAGUGGUUGACACAGUUA